AUGACUGUCGUCUUCUGCCACGCUUCAAUUCGAGACUACCUUCGCAACUCAGGCUAUGGAAAGGUGUCUGCAGGAGAUGGCUCAACACCUGUUGGCAUUGACAUUGUCCAGGCGAGCGUGAAUACGUUGAAUGUUUGUCUAUCAGCAAUCGUUAAUGGGAGUGAUCACGUCGUGGUCUACGUGCAUGCCUAUGCCCUUAACGAGUGGACUAUGGAAUUGAUUAUCUCGCUUUUCGCUGAUCAGGAGUGUGUCAAUACCAUCCACGAUCUUGAUACGAGGAAAUGGAUACACCACUUGCGACCUCCCCCGGUUGCAUCUGUUGACACCGUCCUGGAAGUUGCUAGGUGGGCACAAUUUGAGGAAAACGCGUGCUGGCAUCACCGUGUCGGGGCUUGUCUUAGGUCUCUAGGGCAUGUUGACGCGGCCAUCGAGCAUCUGAACACUGCAUUGGCACUGGAGCCAAUAUGGCGUGCCAAAAUUGAACUUGCUAAGGUCUAUGAGACGCAGGGCCAAUUGGAUAAUUCCCUCCAGUUAUUGAGAGAGUGUGAAGCGCAAUACACACGGCUACUGAUGGAGAAUAACGACGAAGAGGAAGUCGAAGACAUAGCUCGAGAUCUAUCUGAGCUCCGCAAUGACCUGGGCUCACUUCAUAUUCAGCUGGGAGAUUACUCAAACGCCACCCACUGCUUCAUGACAAGCAUCGAGCUUUGGGAUCCUGUUUAUAUCAGCUACGCUGUGCCACUUGUAAUUCGUGUUCUCGUUGCAUCGCAAUGCUCUCAAUACGAACGGAUCAUGCAAGUACUCAAAAAGAUCGACACAAACCCCUGGCAUGACGACGCUGAUAGUGUUUUAUUUGGUGUUUUGAGGAACAAUUUCGGGGAUUGGCAGAGCUGGGACAACACCCAGCUUCUCUUGAUAUUUGCCGUCCUCGCCAAACGCUGUAACAACCUGCAAUGGCUGGAAUGCAAGUACCAAAGUGAGAUCGCGGAAAGAAAGACGAAACUAGGGAGUAUUGACAUCCUAUCUAUCAAGGAGUCUCUAGCUCACCUGUAUGAUAAAUUCUUGGGCGAGGAGGAGAAAGCCGUUUCAAUUUGGAAGAGUAUCAUAGCCCAACACAGGGUACGCGGCUCGCUCCAGUACGAAACAUUUUGCAGAACAAGGAAUCGUGCUGUUGCUGCUUACGCAUACCGGCUCCUAACUAACGGUCUGAGAGAAACCGGGAAUUUCCAAGCUCUUAUCGUCCAGGAACUCGAGACAGUUUGUGACAACGAAAUUGAAUCCAUGUGUUAUCGCGUUCUCUUUGAUGGCCAAUCAGGCAUUUACAUGGGCAUAUGGCAUAAACUCAACGGGCGCGAGGAGGAGGCAAGGGAUUACUUCAGACCAUACGUGCUCCAGGCUGUAUUUGGUUGCGAUGAAAACAUUAGCUUAUAUGACAUGAAGGACGCACAACGUGUGCUUGGGCAUCUUUUUGCUAUGAUUGGCGAUGAUGAAGAUGCUAUCGCGCUUCUCCAGCUCACCCAUAGCCCUUUUACCAUCCGCGAUGGCACUUCCGCUUCGGCAGAGGAACGCAUGGCAUCACCCUGGCCGCUGGUCGUCGAAGCGCGCGUUUGGUACUGUCAUAUCUGCUUAAAUCGUGGGGUAACUUUGUCAAUUGCAACAUCUGUCGCCGGUGCAAUGCAGAUAUUUGCGACCAAUGCCUUGGCGGUCUCAAAACUGAUGGUAUAG